AUGAAUAAUAUUUUAGCACCGUUUACCAUCACCGACGCCGAACAGCACGCUUUUGAGUACUACCGCGCGCGAACAAGUGCCCAUCUCGCUGGCAUCCAAGACCAAGAAUUCUGGGAGAGACUCAUCCUCCAACGUGCGCAAGUCGAUGCCGGGGUUCGUCAUGCCAUUAUUGCACUUGCAUCUUUCCAUGAAAAUUUCGAGCGCGGCGCGAUCGACAAUGUCGGCUCAAAAGAGCAAUUCGGCCUGAAGCAGUACAAUCUAGCUAUAAAAGAGCAGAUGAAUCUUGCGAAGAGCGGCAAUAAUACCCCUCCAGAACCGGAGGCUUAUUUACCAUGCAUUGUUUUUGUGACUAUAGAGAUGUUGCGGGCCAACUACACCUCAGCUUUGUUCCUAGCGCAGAAAGUUAUAGGUCUGCUACAUGGCUUGCGUGAGAGCAACCAGACUUCAAAAAUGCUUCUAGAAUUUUUGGAGCGCCGGUUCCGUCAGAUUGAGCUACAAGCAUCAGAGCUGUUUGGCAACAAGGCAUACUCUUCUAUACCUCCCUCGCUACCUAGUAAAACACUCAUGGCAAUCCCUCCAGUGUUUUCUUCACUGUCCGAAGCACAGAGUACCAUGGAAUACUAUGGACAACUCUAUCGCAUGACUGUAGACGCCAGUGAUACUGAAAUACUAGACAUGCAGUCAAACGAGACAACAGGCAAUGCGGCGGCAAAACACUCUGAAGAUAUUCGAGAAGCGUUUGCUGAAAGGUAUAUCAAUAUAGUGAAGCAAUGGACAAGUGCCUUUGACGCGUUUCUUGAAAGUCGAGCCGGCUCAUUUACAGACGCCGAAAUGCGUACAAUACGCAUUUUGCGUAUGCAUCAACUGCACAAUCAAGUCUCUGUAGAAGUGAGCMCCCGCCACAUGUCCGCCGAAGACCAGAUGUUUUGGGACGAUUAUUGCCCCGUGUACGACCAGAUUAUCGACCUCGCGAACGCGAUAUUGGCCGCCGAUGGACCCGGCAGUAAUUCAAGCAGCCGGAACUCGGCAUUUUCGCUGGAUCUGGUGACUAUAGGGCCCAUUUUUGAGCUUGCGCGGCGCUGUCGUGAUCCAUGGAUUCGUAGAAAGGCAGUCGAUGUCAUGCGCAGUUAUCAUAGAAGGGAAGGAAUGUGGGAUAGUGAGAUGGCGUUAAUGAUUAUAGAGCGAGUGAUCGAGAUUGAGGAAGAUGGUCUUGUUGUGCAGUCGUGUCAAGACGUACCGCAUUGGCGACGCAUUUUCAAUAUACAGCAUCAGUUGGAUAUGGAAGCGCGGACAAUUCAGUUGCGAUAUGAGCGGCAGGCGAGCGCUACCAGGCCGGUUACUGUACAGAUGCAGGAAGUUAUAAUGUGGUAG